AUGACGUGCUUGGAAAGGCACCAGGCCUGCUGGGCCCCGUGCUCCGUGUCCGUAGCUUCCCAGACAGGCAGGUGGCCCCUGGUCCGUCCACAAGAACAUGGCCUAAUUCUGCUUCUGGGAGUUCUGAAACGUCAGCCGGGCUCCCAGGGCUGGGCCCCGGCCUUGUCCCGUCGCCCCAGUGGGAAGAAGUUCCGGAGCAAGCCGCAGCUGGCCCGCUACCUGGGCGGCUCCAUGGACCUGAGCACCUUUGACUUCCGGACGGGCAAGCUGCUGAUGAGCAAGGCAAGCCGGAGCCGGCAGAGGGUCCGCUACGACUCCUCCAGCCAGGUCAAGGGCAAGCCCGACCUGAACACAGCCCUCCCCGUCAGGCAGACGGCUUCCAUUUUCAAGCAGCCGGUGACCAAGAUCACCAACCACCCCAGCAACAAAGUGAAGAGUGACCCCCAGAAGGCCGUGGAGCAGCCUCGACAGCUCUUCUGGGAGAAGAAGCUGAGUGGCCUGAACGCCUUCGACAUCGCCGAGGAGCUCGUGAAAACCAUGGACCUCCCCAAAGGCCUGCAGGGCGUGGGACCCGGCUGCACGGACGAGACCCUGCUGUCGGCCAUCGCCAGCGCCCUGCACACCAGCACCAUGCCCAUCACUGGGCAGCUCUCAGCCGCCGUGGAGAAGAACCCCGGGGUGUGGCUGAACACGGCCCAGCCUCUCUGCAAGGCCUUCAUGGUGACCGACGAGGACAUCAGGAAGCAGGAAGAGCUGGUACAGCAGGUGCGCAAGCGGCUGGAGGAGGCGCUGAUGGCCGACAUGUUGGCGCACGUGGAGGAGCUGGCCCGGGACGGCGAGGCUCCGCUGGACAAGACGGGCGCCGACGAGGACGACGACGAGGACGACGAGGACGACGAGGAGGAGCCCGACCAGGACCAGGAAACGGAGCACGUGUAGAGCAGGUCGCUGGCCAGGCGGGUCCCGGUCCACAGCUCGCGCGCGGGCAGCGCCCGCAGGGGUGAGGGACGUGCCCCACGCUGGGCGGCGGCUGUGCCGGCGUCCCCGGAGGGCAGCUCCCCGCCAGGGCGCCGAUGGCGCCCUCUCCCCGUCCUUGCGGAGGCCCUGCCCGCGGGGAGCCGCCUGCCGACCCCGCCGUCUCCACGCUUGGACCGGGCUCUGUGGCCGGGCCCGGCCCGGGGGGAAGGGGGCCUCUCCUAGGUCUUCCCAGGCGUGUCCCCUCCCCGGGGUCCCCGGGGGCACGGCUGGAGGACCGCCCCUGCCCGGCGGGCUGCCGCGCUUGCUCCUCUCCAGAGGACGUGAGACCCGAAGUGCCAGCCGCUCCUGGGCCCUGCCUGCGGGAGGCCCCCGCUUGGAGCCGUCGCUGUCAUUCCGCGGUGGACUCGGGGCCGGCCUCGUCCCCACAGCUGCCUCACACAGGACAGCUGCCCCCAGGCGGCCUGCGAGGGUGCUCGAGGGGCCAGAGAAACGUUUUUUUGGAAUGGGCUUGGCCCCCGAUCCCUGCACGAGGGAUGAUGGUCCAGGGCCAGCACACCGGCCUUUCCGGAAAGGGGUGCGGGAUGGCUCCCCAGCCAUGAUGGCCCGGAGUUCCUCCGGAGGCAGUGGGGCCACCCAGACGUUUUCCUUCAGUAAACCCGGGACACGGAUGAGGCGGGACGUCCGCGUAACGGCCCGAGCCUUGUGUUGGCCGCACGUGGACGUGAACUCUGUGGACACCUGCCCUGCCGGAGGCUCAGCCACCUCAGAAAGAAACUGCUCGCGGCCAGCUGCCUCCCUGUCUCCUCCCUCCCCCGUGCAGCAGGGACAGUGACUCCCGGCUCUCGGGGCCAAAGCUCUUCCGAGUUCCCAUCCUGGGGCCUGUUUUCCGGCCCAGCAUCCCUGAGCGCCCGGUGCCCCGAGCAGCAGCCUCCGGGGAGCCCUGGACACAGGGCGUCAGAAUUGUGGUCCUUAAUCCCCGUCCCCUCCAACCCUGAGUGCCUUGGGUGAGGGGAGCCACCCUGUCCCUGCCCGGCCCUGCCCCACGGCCUGAGACUGUUGGGAAGGCCCCGGGUCGCUGCCCCGUGCGGCUGUCACCCUGGCUGAUGCGGGGGGUGGGGGGGGGUGGGAGCCACCUGCGCCUCCGAGGAUGUCAGACCGGCAGCAUCUCUCAAGCCCAGUCAAAGCACAAACCCUCGAGACCCACCCACGGGGUGCCCCGCAUGGGCUGUGGUGCCGAUGCCGGCCGGGUCAGGGGGGGCGGGGGGGAGGGCCCCUCCGCGAGGCCGCGGGCCAUCCUGCCCUUCCCGGGGGGCCACGGCCACUGAGAGGGAGCUACGUCCGGGGCUGGCCCCUGUGCGGGCCUGAGUGCGGGGGCCCGGGAGGCACCCUGUCGGUGGGCAACCGUUGAAUAAAGCCAUCUCGGUGAGUGUG